AUGUCUAUGGACAACACCGAGACCGCUGGCCUUGGGGCUGGUGCGAAGAAGGGUGUAUACAAAGAGUUGCGUCAGAACCCAUAUCUCCUGGGCCUGUCAGCUUUCGCCUCCCUUGGUGGCUUCCUCUUCGGUUACGACCAGGGUGUUGUGUCGGGAGUCAUCACAAUGGAGUCUUUCGCGGCGAAAUUUCCGAGGAUUUUCCUCGACAGUGGCUUCAAAGGCUGGUUUGUUGCAACUUUGUUGAUUGCCGCGUGGGCUGGGUCACUCGUGAACGGCCCUGUAGCCGAUCGAUUCGGUCGCAAAGGGUCUAUCAUGAUCGCUGUUGUCAUCUUCACAUUCGGAUCUGCGCUUCAGGCUGGUGCAACCAAUAUCCCCAUCGUGUUUGCAGGACGAGGUAUUGCAGGCUUUGCUGUCGGUAUGCUGACCAUGAUUGUCCCCAUGUACAUGAGCGAAGUGUCCACUGCUGGCAUUAGAGGGACUCUUGUUGUUCUUCAGCAGCUCUCCAUUACUCUUGGUAUCCUUGUCAGUUACUGGCUUGAGUUCGGCACUCAGUACAUUGGCGGCCCCCGCUGCGCGCCAGAGAUCCCGUACACUGGUGGAACCGCUUCCAAGCGAACUUUUGAUCCGCGCAAUGAUGUCGGACCCAACGGCUGUACUGGUCAGAGCGAUGCAGCGUGGCGUGUUCCAUUCGCCUUGCAGAUCGUUCCCGGCCUCGUCCUCGGCAUCGGUAUGAUGUUCUUUCCGGAAUCUCCUCGCUAUUAUUGUAUGCGCGACAACGAGGAAGCUGGCAUUAACGCGCUUGCCCGUAUCCGCCGCGUUGACCCCGCAAACGAGGCUCUACAGAAGGAGUACCUAUCUAUCAAGGCUGAGGUCAUUUUUGAAGAACAAUACGCUCGCGAGAAGUUCCCUGGCAAGACUGGUGUCUCGCUCUAUCUGGCCGGCUACACGACCCUUUUCUCCACCUGGCCGUCCUUCAGGCGCACGGCCAUUGGAUGCUCCGUUAUGUUCUUUCAGCAGUUCAUCGGAUGUAAUGCAAUCAUUUACUACGCGCCCACGAUCUUCGGACAACUUGGUCUCUCUGGCAAGACGACUGGACUGCUUGCGACCGGUGUAUAUGGUAUUGUCAAUACCCUCUCGACGUUACCAGCCCUGUUCUUAAUUGACAAGGUUGGACGUCGUCCGCUCCUGUUAUGCGGCGCAGCAGGUACCUUCAUCUCUCUCGUGAUUGUGGGUGGGAUCAUCGGCAAGUACGGCUCCACACUAAAAGAUCACCCAUCAGCCGGGUGGGCGGGAAUAGCAUUCAUCUACAUCUACGACGUCAACUUCAGCUAUUCCUGGGCACCUAUCGGAUGGGUCCUGCCCUCGGAAAUCUACAAUCUCGGUAACCGCUCCAAGGCCAUGUCGCUCACUACCUCUAGUACAUGGAUGUGCAACUUCAUUAUCGGACUAGUAACCCCGGACAUGCUAGAGAAAAUUGGCUAUGGUACCUAUCUUUUCUUCGCGGCGUUUGCACUGAUCGCGUUUGUCUUCACGUGGUUCUUGAUCCCAGAGACCAAGGGGAAGAGCCUUGAGGAGAUGGAUAUGGUGUUUGGCGAUACCACGGCUCAAGAAGAGAAGAAUAGGCUGUUCAACAUUGCACAGAGCCUUGGGUUGGAGGAAGCGGAAGCGGCUGCGUAUGAUGAGAAGCCGGUGAAGGUCAUCCAGACCGAGACUACUGAGACGUAA